UUCCCGGAUGCGGGAGGAGUCGGAAGCGCGAGCGAGCGCUUCUCUGCCCCGCUCGGGUCGCUCCCUCCGUGCGCUCGAGCUACGCUAGCUAGCGUCGCCUUCCUUCCGCGCUCCUCUAGUUAGCUAGCCGGCUAGUUAGUUAGUCAACAGCAGUGAACCCGAGGCAGAAGGGAAAAAGAAGUUAUUGGCGCGGGCCCGUACGCCCUAAAGCGAGAAGGAAGGUCGGGCCGCCGGGCCUCCUCCGUUUCCGUUCGGCGCCGCCCGCCCGCCCGCCCGCCUGCCUGAGGAGCGGACAUGGAGGCGUUCGGCGGCAGUUUGGACGACAGUGUGUCGGGCGCGAGCGCGUCGGACGUCCACGACCGUCUGUGCGCGCUGGAGCUUCGCGUGCAGCAGCAAGAAGACGAAGUGACGGUGAUGAAGGCGGCGCUGGCCGACGUUCUUCGCCGAUUGGCCGCUUCCGAAGACUCCUCCAAAGCCGUCAAAGGUACGCUCGCGCUUAAACCGACGAAAACGUGCCGUCGUGUAACCCCUUCUCGUCCUCCAGGCGCGGCCUCGUCCAACACGUGCGUGACUAACGGAGGGACGGCGCGAAAGAGAGACUCCAGGAAGGAAACGCUCUCAUCCGCCGCUAAGAGCGGAGCGUCCGAUUUGAAAAAGGAGGCGUCGGCGGAGGAGAGCCGUCAGCGGGAGGAAGCUCCUCCCCCUCAAAGCCCGCAGAGGAGCAGGCACGGGGACGCCAGUAAAAACCAGCCGACCCCAAAAAGGGCUCCCAGGCGUUCCCAUAGCGGCGCGUGGGACACGGGCGAGGACGGGCGAAGCGUCCUGGCGAAAGCAGCGUCCACCUCCAGGCUGCUCACCAAAGUGGUCAAGAAUGCUGACAGGCCCAAAGAUGUGGCGGUCAGUCAAGCAGCCAAAAUGUCCACCAGGGAGAAAAACAGCCAAGCGGAGGGAAACCACAUCAAGAUGUUCAUGCGCGGACGCCCCAUCACCAUGUUCUUGCCGUCCGACGUGGAAAACUACGACGAGGUCCGCACCGAACUUCCCUCGGAGAAGCUGAAACUGGAAUGGGUCUACGGCUACCGAGGGCGAGAUUGCCGAGCCAACGUGUAUUUGCUGCCCACCGGCGAGAUGGUUUACUUCAUCGCGUCGGUGGUGGUCCUCUUCAACUACGACGAACGCACACAGCGUCACUACCUGGGCCACACCGACUGCGUCAAAUGUCUCGCCGUCCACCCUGACAAGAUUCGCAUCGCCACGGGACAAAUUGCCGGAGUGGACAAAGACGGAAGGGCCGUGCAGCCGCACGUUCGCGUUUGGGACAGCGUCAGCCUGUCCACGCUGCAAGUGCUAGGUUUGGGAACCUUCGAGAGAGGCGUGGGCUCCUUGGCCUUCUCCCGAGCCGACUCGGGUCAGCACCUGAGCGUGAUUGACGACUGCAACGACCACAUGUUGACCGUUUGGGACUGGCAGAAGAAGUCCAAGAUGGCUGAGAUCAAGACCACCACCGACGUGGUCUUGGUGGUGGACUUCCACCCCACGGAGCCAAACACCAUCAUCACCUGUGGAAAGUCGCACAUCUUCUUCUGGGCUUGGAGCGCCAACUCCUUGGCUCGGAAGCAGGGCAUCUUCGGGAAAUAUGAGAAGCCCAAGUUUAUCCAGUGCGUGGCCUUCCUGAGCAACGGCGACAUUCUGACCGGGGACUCGGGCGGUGUCCUCCUGGUCUGGACCAGAAACGCCGCCACCGAGACUUCUGGGAAAGGUCCGCGAGCCUUCCAGAUCAGUCGGCAGGUGAAAGGUCACGAGGGCAGCGUCUUCUGCUUGUGCCAGAUGAGGAACGGCGCCGUGCUGAGCGGAGGAGGAAAAGACCGCAAAGUCAUCCUUUGGGACGCCCACGUCCGAGCCGAGCGCGACAUCGAGGUACCGGAUCAGUACGGCAGCAUCCGGGCGGUGGCCGAAGGGAAAGGAGACCAGUUCUUGGUGGGCACCUCGCGAAACUUCAUACUCCGAGGAACCUUCCACGAUGGCUUCACGGUGGAAGUGCAGGGCCACACGGACGAGCUGUGGGGCUUGGCGUCGCACCCGUCCAAGCAUUUGUUCCUGACGUGCGCUCAGGACCGGAUGGUGUGUCUGUGGAAUUCCACCCAUCACAAGCUGCAGUGGAGUCGCAGCGUGGAGGAACACGGCCACUGCGCCGACUUUCAUCCCGGCGGAGGCGUGGUCGCCAUAGGAACGCACUCGGGAAAGUGGUUCGUGCUGGACGCCGAGACCGCCGAUCUGGUGGCCAUCCACACAGACGGCAACGAGCAGCUGUCCGUCAUGCGCUUCUCGGCAGACGGCGCCCUGCUGGCGGUGGGGUCUCAUGACAACUUCAUCUACGUGUACAAUGUAACCGAGCGCGGGCGCAAGUACAGCCGCUACGGGAAAUGCUCUGGCCACUCCAGCUACAUCACGCACUUGGACUGGUCGCCUGACAACAAGUUCAUCAUGUCCAACUCGGGAGACUACGAAAUUCUCUACUGGGACGUUCCCAACGGCUGCAAGUACAUCCGAAACCGUUCGGAGUGCAAAGACAUCGACUGGGCCACGUACACGUGCGUUCUAGGCUACCACGUCUUUGGUGUGUGGCCGGAGGGCUCGGACGGGACCGACAUCAACGCCCUGGUGCGCUCGCACAAUCGCAAAGUUCUGGCUUUGGCCGACGACUUCUGCAAAGUUCACCUCUUCUCUUACCCUUGCUCCACGUUCAAGGCUCCCAGUCACAAGUACAGCGCUCACAGCAGUCACGUGACCAACGUCAGCUUCCUGUUCGAUGACGCUCACCUGAUAUCCACGGGCGGCAAGGACACCAGCAUCCUGCAGUGGCGACUGGUCGACAAGAACAACCCGAGCGAGCCCGUCCGCUCGGCGCCCCCCGCCGAACCCUCCGCCCAGCCUUUUUCUGAAUCGGCGCCGACCUCCGCACCGUCGGAGGUUGACGGUGCGGAAGAAGACGGCGCAGAGGUCGACGGUACCGAAGUCGGCGCCUCAGAGGUUGAGGGUGCGGAGGUCGUCGGUGCCUCAGAGGUUGAGGGUGCGGAGGUCGGCGACGCUCCGCCGCCUCUGGCGGACGUCGGCGCUCUCGCUGUCUGAAAACGCGCUGGAUCCGGUACGUGUCAGCCAGACGUCCUAACGUGCGUGAUCGCACGGAGGUGAGAUCAGUAGGUGGUCUUCCGUGGGUGGCUUUUUCCUUUCACGUUAAAAAAAAAAAAAACAACUGACCAGAGGAGACUCUGAUAGAAAGGAAAAACGAGGGUGACAUCUUCAGGUCGACCGGAAUGGAAUUUUCUUUUUUUUAACAUUCAUUGUUUGUAUUUUACAAUUUUUUAUUAUUUUUUCUUAGAUUAUUUUUAGUUUAAUAUUGUUUUCGAUUUUUAAAAAAAAUAUUUUUGGUUUUAUUUUAAUCAUUUUUUUUGGGACAAUUGUAAUUAUUUUUAAUUUUUUAAAUUUUAUUUUGUCAUUGUUUUAAAUCAUUUUUUGUUUUAUUUUUUCAUUUUUUUAGACAUUUGUAAUUAUUUUUAAUCAAAUUGAUUGUCAUUGUUUUAGAUUUUUUUGUUAAUUUUUUUUAUUCAUUUGUGAUUUUUUUUCAUCUUUUUAGAUUUUUUUAGACAUUCGUAAUUAUUUUUAAUUUUUUAAAUUUUAUUUAGUUAUUUUAAAUCAUUUUUGGUUUUAUUUUGUUUAUUUUUUCAUUUUUUUUAGACAUUUGUAAUUAUUUUUAAUUUUUUAAAUUUGAUUUUUUUUCGUUUUAGAUUUUUUUGGUUUAUUUUUUCAGACAUUUGUAAUUAUUUUAAAUCAAAUUUGAUUUUGUCAUUGUUAUAGAUUUUUUUUUUCGACAUUUGUAAUUUUUAAUAUGAAUUUUUUUUUUUUUUACAUUUAACUAUUUUGUCAUUGUUUUUUCUUUUUGUUUUUAAUCAUUUUUUAAAAGUAUAUAUAUUUUGAUUAGAUUUUUUGUUUUUUGUUAUAAAAAUUAGUUUUCUUAAUAAUAUUUUUUUCAUAUAUUUUAUUUUUAAUUUUAAAUGUUUGAAAAUUUUGUAUUUUUUUUUUUUGGUGGGAUUUUAAAAUGUUUUAUUUUGUAAUUAUUUUUUUCAAUGGGAUAUGGGACUUUCAAAGGCCGAUACUGAUUAAAAAAAAAAAAAAAAAAAAAAAACGAUUAAAA